AUGCUAGCCAAUUCGCGAUCGGACGCCCCCGGCGACCAGCCCGAGACACCAUCUAUACAUAGAACGAGAGAUGCGCCUGUUGCAGGGCUGCUGACCCCAGAGACCGGGGGAAGGAGGGUGAGGUUUACAGAUGAUAGUCGGCAGGGCUCGAGUAAACGACGGCGCGUUGCCGGAGCGCAAAGAAGCAGCUCAUUUAUGUUGGACUGGCUGCAGAAGGGGAAUAGUUCCUCUGAAGGAGAGAGCGAAGGCAACGGAGGCGUAAGAGUCGAGGACCAGCCGGCUGUGGAUCUGGCUCCAGACAGGGAAACAAACCCUGGGGAUGCUCCUGCGCCAGACCAGCAACCUGAUAAUGCAGCAGACGCUGCGAUUCCAAACAAGCCAGUAGAACAACUAGCCAACGACACCGAAGAGACGCCUCUCAUCCAACCCUCGGCGCCGCCAGACCCUUCCCCACAGCCCAGACCGCCGCUCCGUCCACCUAUUCCACUCUUCUCAGCAAACGGCGGCGCACGGCCGGCCGACACACCCGCUCCCGCCCGUUCCAACGGGCCGUCGGCCUUUAUAGGCACAUACAACCUCCGCUCAAAAGAGACCCAGCACUGCAAACUGAUCUCCCAAACCCUUACUCUGCUCGCUGCUCACGGCGUGGUGCUCGACGAGCCCGCCAAGGACGACUUGAUCAGCCUGCUGGACCGGUAUGAUCUGCGCACGGAGGGGAUUAUCAGGGGCAGGGAUAUAUCACGGGCGGCGAACCAGGCUCGCGAGGAGAAGAUUCAGAUGCUGUUGGGAAGGAUUAAGACUCUGGAGGCGGAGAAGGAGGCGCGUGAUGUGAUAAAGUGA